AUGGUCAACGAAGCGGAUAUUUUAAAGGCAAUUAGUGAUCUAGAGUCGCAAAAAACGCCUCAAUAUGCCAAAACUGCCAGAAAAUAUAAUCUUGAGCCUUCGACCUUAAGGCGCCGGUAUAAAGGCCAGACCGUAUCAAACCAGGAAGCAACUUCUAUUCACUGCAAACUCCUUACAGAUGCCCAAGAAGAAGUUCUUCUUCGUCAUAUCUCGAAGCUCUCGUCUCGUGGAUUACCUCCAACGCCUCAAAUUCUCCGAAAUCUUGUUGUAGAGCUUCUACAACAUGAUGUUGGGGAGUGCUGGAUUCGUCGAUUCUGUCACCACUACCACAAUCGAAUUGAUAAGAAAAUCAAAAAAUAUCGCAUCAGCCCAUCAAAUACCUAUAACUUUGAUGAGAAAGGAUUCAAUAUAGGCCUCUGUCAUACUGAAAAGCGGAUUGUCUUAAAAUCUCAGCUCCAUUCAAAGAAAUUACUUGGUGCAAUUCAAGACAGGAGCACAGAAUUUAUUACUUUUAUUGCAUAUAUUUGUGCUAAUGGAAUAGCAAUUCCUCCAGCUCUUAUUUACCAAGGCGAGUUAGGAGAUCUACAAGAUACUUGGCUUAAAGAUUUUGACAGCUUAAGAGAGAAGGCAUACUGUUGGUUGCUUCGUGCAAUCGAGAUGCCUGGCACUGGUAUGCAGCAAGGAGAGGUCACGUAUGGCUUACACGUGACCUCGUCAAGCAAGGACUAUAUAGACCGCGUCAGGGCCUCAUUAAGACAGACAGACACAACAGAACACAGAACCCAAUAA